AUGGGGAGAACGAGAAGGAAGAGGGCUCGCGAUGGCGAUGGCGAUGGCGAUGGCGAGGACGAUGCCACCACUGGCGGCCUCGAUGACGAUACCCUGCUCCACAUCUUCGAUCGCAUUUCAACGAGGGAGCUCCUCACGCGGGCCGCGCUUGUCUGCCGCCGCUGGAAUCGCUUGUGCCAAUCUCAUGUGCGUGAGAUUGUGCCUCGUUUCGGUGACUUCUCUCGGUGGCUGCAUUCUUCGGUCUGGCUCAAACCAAAAGACGUCAUCAAACUAGCGCGCAAGCACGCAUCGACCAUCACAAGCAUUACUUUUCCUCGAUCGCAGAAGGACGCAGAGAAGAUUGUCUCUACUGUCUCUGCCCUUCCUCAUCUUCGCCACCUCUCUGCCGCUUUUUCUGAUGAUAAUUUCCCUCCAUAUCUUGCUGAGGCCCUUUCACCUCACCUCCAGAGCCUGGAUGUUUUCAGCCGAGACCAUGAUGUGUCUAGUUUUUUCCUUGCAUUGCCUUCUCGAUGUCCUCAUCUCCACACACUGAAGCUUCUGGGUGCGAGUGUGACUUGGCCUAACGGUGACCUUGGCGUCACGCUUAAAAGCUUCACUUUGUCCCUCACCACGCUCCAUAUCUCUAGCAGUGACUUUGGUUGGGAUCAUGUCAAUAACAUAUUCAAAUGCUGCUCAAACCUGUCAGAUCUUGGUGUUGUAUCAUCCGAUCUGUUGAUACUCGAUCAUGCUUCCAUCAGCCCAAUGCCACCUUCUCUCACGUCUCUCAGGCUUUGUGUCUCCCCUGGACUCUCUGUUGCUUAUGAUCGCUCUGCGCCCUGGAAGUUGAUUAAAGACAGUGGCCGCCAGCUCCAAGCCCUUUACGCGGAAUCUACGUUUAGUGGAACGUGGCAAGCAAUCUGUAAAGCAUGCACCAAUCUCAAGGUCCUCGAUUUAUCUACUUGUGAUGAGGUUGUGAUUACACAGUUAGAAGAGAAGGCUCUCUGUAAAAUUCCAUUUGCUCUUCGGAACCUUGAGAAAGUUUGCCUUCCAACUGCCAGUGACAAUAUCCUUGUACAGUUUGGACGUUUUUGCUCUCAUCUGAUUGAGUUUGAGCUCAAUCAACGCUCUCGCAAGACAGGUGCAUAUAAUGUGCAAGACAAAGGAAUCAUGGCUCUGGUAGAAGGAUGCAACAAGCUCCAAGUUAUGAGUCUUGUUAAUUGCACCAACAUCACCCAUAGAUCCAUGAGGUUUAUUGCGUUCCAUUGUCCUUGCUUGAGGGCUCUGAAUCUUUUCGGAUGCAAGCUUAUCGACGAUGAGGCUGUUGCAAUACUCGUCCCACGAUUGAGCAACUCUCUUUACUGCUUGAAUCUCGAUUGCUGCCCUCGAAUCUCUGCUGCAACGCUGGAGUUUUUCCGAGAACGAGCAUCAAAGGUUGAGCUCUUGGUGAUCCAUAAAACACUGCACAACAAACUGGGUGCCUUGAUUAAAUGUAUCAAGGCAGAUCAUCCAUUGCUCAAUAUCAAGGCAGGGGCAGGUAGCUCUAAUUGUGCUUUGUGGUGAUGUUCUCUGGUAAGUUUAAAAAGUAUGUAAACAGGAAUGGAUCAGUUAUGAUCCUGUCACAAGCA